AUGGGAGAAUAUAAAAAGACAGGCCAAAAAGAACAAGACAGUGGCAAUGAAGAUGAGCAGGACACACACACCUUGUCACAUCAUACUGGAGGGGGUAAGGUUGAAUGUGUGAAAAGCUUCAAUUAUCUGGGUAGCAUCGUAUCAUGCGAUGGAAGUUCCAAACUAGAAGUCUUAAACAGAAUAAGAAAAUGCGCUAGCUUCUUCCACCAAGUACAAAAUCUAAUCUGGGACAAGGAAGUCCCUCAAAGAACCAAACAGACCAUGUCAGCUCUACAAAAAAAAACUAGGAGAAACAGAGUCAGGAAUGAUUGUGUAAGGAGAGACCUGCAGGUGACAUUGACUACACAGGAGAGGAUGAGUGCUUUGAGAUUGAAGUGGUUCGGUCAUAUGAAGAGAAUGCACCCGACUCGAACUCCAUGCCAGUGUUUGGAGAUGGAGGUACCAGAAAGAAGACCAAUUGGGCAGCCUAGAAAGAGAUGGACAGACCAGGCUAAGGAAGAUUUCAAGAGGAGAGAAGUAACAUGGGAUGUAGUGGAGAGGGAAAAGCUAUACCAGGACAGAAACCAAUGGAGGCAUAUCAUUCACCAAGUUCCUACUCGGCUUGCUGGAAGGAAAUCCUGA